UCCCGGUGUUUAAUUCUCUCCAAUAGUUGUACAGAACAAGAAAAACAAGCAGGUCUAAUUUAUUAUCUCAGAAAAAAUUAUAACCAUAUGUGGCUGAGAUCACAGUCACCUCUCUCUCCAGGUUUCAAGUGUUGUGGGAGUUCCAACAUCUUUUAUAUUUAUUUUAAAAAACCACAGCAGAGGGGUUGUGCACCCUUUCAUAUUUCUUGGCUAUUUGGAUUUGUUCUUCUGAGACAUGUCCAUUCCUAUUUUUUGCUCAUUUUCUAUUGUUUUUGCCUUUUUUCUAAUUAGUUUUUAAGAUUUAUUUGUAUAUUACAGGUAUUGGCUCUUUAUCAUGUAUGGCAAAUAUUUUUUCCUCAUCUAUCAUUGUCUCUUGAUUUUUAUCACAGUGUUAAUUUUCAGGGUAAUCAAGUAUAUCUUUUUAUAGUUUGAGAUUCCUCUCUUUGCAGUCUCUCAACCCCUAGAAUACCCUUAUAGUCUCCUAAAUUAUAUUCUAAAUGUUUUGUUGAUUAAAUUUAAGACUCUACGCCAUACAUCAACUAAAUCAUCUUUUCCUGAUUGAAAUAAAAUACCACCUUUGUGGUAUUUCCGGAUUCUGUUGCACUAAUGUGUCUUUCCUACCAACAAUAUCAUAUUGUUUUAUUAUUGUGGUUUUUUGUUUUUGAGAUGGAGUCUCAUUCUGUUGCCCAGGCUGGAGUACAGUGGUGCGAUCUCAGCUCACUGCACCUCCACCUCCUGGGUUCAAGCAAUGUCUCCUGCCUCAGCCUCCUGAGAAGCUAGGAUUAUAGGCGUCUGCCACCACGCUCGGCUAAUUUUUGCACUCUUAGUAGAGACGGGGGUUUCACCGUGUUGGUCAGGUUGGUCUCGAACUCCUGACCUCAGGUGAUGCCCCCCCCGCCCCCGCCUUGGCCUCCCAGUGCCUUGGCACUGGCCUAUUGUGUUUUAUAUACUGUGUUUGUCAUCUGUAAAGGCAAGUUCCUGCUCCGUCUUGUAAAGUUUUCCCACUACUGUAGUAAGUUAUUUUUUUUUGAGUCUCGCUCUGUCACCCAGGCUGAAGUGCAGUGGCCCGAUCUCGGCUCACUGCAACCUCCGCCUCUCGGGUUCAAGCGAUUCUCUUGCCUCAGCCUCCCGGGAAGCUGGGAUUGCAGGCGUGCACCACUACGCCCAGCUAAUUUUUGUACUUUUCGUAGAGACGGGGGUUUCACCAUGUUGGUCAAGCUGGUCUCGACCUUCUGACCUUGUGAUCCGCCCUCCUCAGCCUGUCAAAGUGGUGGGAUUACAGGCGUGAGCCACCGCGCCCGGCCGUAGUUAUUGUUUUAUACGAUUUUAAGAUCAUUUAAUUAAAUCCUCUGAACUCCGUUUAGAUUCCAAUAGAAGUGUGUAUUUGUAAUUUUUAAAUUAACCUUAUGUUACCUUUCAUCUAAUAUAUUGUUGCAUCAGUUCAAAUACUGUUUUAAAUCCUUCUAUAAGUCUUCUCUAUUCGUAGCUUUUUGGGUCUUUUUUUUUUUUUUUUUUUUUCAAAAAAACAGGAAGUCUCUUUUUACCUGAGGCGUCAACUGGGCCGGUUUUCCGGCGCGCGCCAGCCCCUCCCCUGCUCCCGCCCCAAGGUUCCGCGUUACCAUGGGAACAAAGGUUGACGUCACUUAGGGCUUCCUUGCUGGACCCGAGGGUCGAUGGUGAAGGGAGACGGGUGGAGGCGGUUUUGCUCCAUCUACGCAUGCGCACUUUCUGCUCCAGGAUUCCCCCGCCAUAAAUCUCGUUCCGGCGGGGCCUUUUCCGCCGCGACUUCUCGCUUAAUCCCGGAGAAACUGCCCCCUGGGGGAGGGGAGUAGAAAAAGGCUGGAACCAGCGACAGCCAAUCCCGCGACACUACAACGCAGGCGAGAUUGAUUGACUCCACCACCGCAGCCAAUGAGAGAGCUCGUCGCCGCUCCGUCACAGAGUUCGCCCCACCCCAUCCCCUCCUUUCUGGACUCCGAGCUCAGUUCACGCAGUAACAAAUGAAGUGCGCGCUGCGACACCUCCCAGCCCACCGGACUCCGCCGCCAUUUCCUCGCCUGGCCUAACGGUUCGGCCAAUCCCAGCGCGCAUCAAGAGGGACUGAGGCUCCGCCAAUCGGAGGCCGCCGAUUUCGACCCUUCGCCUCGGCCCGGCCCAAUCCAGGCCCCGGCCCCACCGCCCCCGGCCCGCCCCCGCGGCGCCCUCUCUCCUCCCUCUUUGUGCGUCUCGCGCCGCCGCCGCCCGCCGCGUGAGAGGACGGGCUCCGCGCGCUCCGGCAGCGCAGUCGGGUCCCCUCCCCCCGGGAGGCUUGCGAAGGAGAAGCAGCCGCAGAGGAAAAGCAGGUGCCGGUGCCUGUCCCCGGGGGCGCCAUGGCGACCGGAGCGAACGCCACGCCGUUGGACUUCCCAAGUAAGAAGCGGAAGAGGAGCCGCUGGAACCAAGACACAAUGGAACAGAAGACAGUGAUUCCGGGAAUGCCUACAGUUAUUCCCCCUGGACUUACUCGAGAACAAGAAAGAGCUUAUAUAGUGCAACUGCAGAUAGAAGACCUGACUCGUAAACUGCGCACAGGAGACCUGGGCAUCCCCCCUAACCCUGAGGACAGGUCCCCUUCCCCUGAGCCCAUCUACAAUAGCGAGGGGAAGCGGCUUAACACCCGAGAGUUCCGCACCCGCAAAAAGCUGGAAGAGGAGCGGCACAACCUCAUCACAGAGAUGGUUGCUCUCAAUCCGGAUUUCAAGCCACCUGCAGAUUACAAACCUCCAGCAACACGUGUGAGUGAUAAAGUCAUGAUUCCACAAGAUGAGUACCCAGAAAUCAACUUUGUGGGGCUGCUCAUCGGGCCCAGAGGGAACACCCUGAAGAACAUAGAGAAGGAGUGCAAUGCCAAGAUUAUGAUCCGGGGGAAAGGGUCUGUGAAAGAAGGGAAGGUUGGGCGCAAAGAUGGCCAGAUGUUGCCAGGAGAAGAUGAGCCACUUCAUGCCCUGGUCACUGCCAAUACAAUGGAGAACGUCAAAAAGGCAGUGGAACAGAUAAGAAACAUCCUGAAGCAGGGUAUUGAGACCCCAGAGGACCAGAAUGAUCUACGGAAGAUGCAGCUUCGGGAGUUGGCUCGCUUGAAUGGGACCCUUCGGGAAGACGAUAACAGGAUCUUAAGACCCUGGCAGAGCUCAGAGACCCGCAGCAUUACCAACACCACAGUGUGUACCAAGUGUGGAGGGGCUGGCCACAUUGCUUCAGACUGUAAAUUCCAAAGGCCUGGAGAUCCCCAGUCAGCUCAGGAUAAAGCACGGAUGGAUAAAGAAUAUUUGUCCCUCAUGGCUGAACUGGGUGAAGCACCUGUCCCAGCAUCUGUGGGCUCCACCUCUGGGCCUGCCACCACACCCCUGGCCAGUGCACCUCGUCCUGCUGCUCCCGCCAACAACCCACCUCCACCGUCUCUCAUGUCUACCACCCAGAGCCGCCCACCCUGGAUGAAUUCUGGCCCUUCAGAGAGUCGGCCCUACCAUGGCAUGCACGGAGGUGGUCCUGGUGGGCCCGGAGGUGGCCCCCACAGCUUCCCACAUCCAUUACCCAGCCUGACAGGUGGGCAUGGUGGACAUCCCAUGCAGCACAACCCCAAUGGACCCCCACCCCCUUGGAUGCAGCCACCACCACCACCGAUGAACCAGGGCCCCCACCCUCCUGGGCACCAUGGCCCUCCUCCAAUGGGUAAAUCAGUACCUGGGAAGUACGCCUGUGGGCUCUGGGGUCUAUCGCCUGCAUCAAGGAAAAGGUAUGAUGCCGCCACCACCUAUGGGCAUGAUGCCGCCGCCGCCGCCGCCUCCCAGUGGGCAGCCCCCACCCCCUCCCUCUGGUCCUCUUCCCCCAUGGCAACAACAGCAGCAGCAGCCUCCGCCACCCCCUCCGCCCAGCAGCAGUAUGGCUUCCAGUACCCCCUUGCCAUGGCAGCAAAAUACGACGACUACCACCACGAGCGCUGGCACAGGGUCCAUCCCGCCAUGGCAACAGCAGCAGGCGGCUGCCGCAGCUUCUCCAGGAGCCCCUCAGAUGCAAGGCAACCCCACUAUGGUGCCCCUGCCCCCCGGGGUCCAGCCGCCUCUGCCGCCUGGGGCCCCUCCCCCUCCGCCGCCUCCACCGCCUGGUUCCGCCGGCAUGAUGUAUGCCCCGCCCCCUCCUCCUCCGCCUCCCAUGGACCCUUCUAACUUUGUCACCAUGAUGGGCAUGGGGGUGGCGGGCAUGCCGCCCUUCGGGAUGCCUCCAGCUCCCCCACCGCCUCCACCACAGAACUAGACUUGUUUUUUAAGAAAAUAUAUAUUAUAUAUAGAGAGAAUUGGUCUCGUUUAAACACGCCGAACCUCACCAUAUGGAGCCAGACAUUGGGACGCACGCAUGUGAUUGUGUGUGCACGCAUGUGUGUGUGUGCACGCACUGGGCUGGGCCAAGCGACUGAGGAUUCGCUUGGGAACGGGCAGGUGGUAGUAGGGGCGCCAGCUUGGGCUCUCCUGGCGCCCCGUAGCAUCGAGUGUCUUCUUUGUCUUCUUUCUCUCCUCACCCAACUCCCUUUGCCUCUCCCCAAACCGGGCCGCCAGGAUCCCUCCCCGCGGCGGCGAUGGCCCGAGCCAUGAGAGUGAGGACUUUCCGCGCCCAUUGGUGACCCUUCCAGGCAGACAGCCUCAGCAACGCCCCUGGUGGACAGGAUGGUUCGGCAAAGCAGCUUGAGUUAUUUUUGUGGACGGAAUCGGAACACGCUGGCUCCAUAUCGUGAAAUUUUUAUUAAUUUUUUUCUUUUUCCUUUGUUAUUUCCUUAUCUGUUCCUUUCUUCAGACUCCGUCCAAGGAGAUGCUCUCCCCGGUCUUCUGCUGCAAUUAGAUUCCUUUCCCUUCUCUCCAGUUCUCCUUCCCUUACCAAGGAGAGGGGAGCAAAUGGUUUUGGGCAAGGGCUUUGGCCAUUCAUGUCAAGCUGGUUGUGGGUUUUUCAAGGUGCCAUAGCCACCCCCAAAGAUGUUUGUUUAAAGCGUGGGUUUUUUAAAUCUCUGCCACCCUUGUCAAGGGAGUCUUGUAAAGUUGCCGAGGGUAGGUUCAUCUCCGGGUUCCAGGAUUCCCAUCCGUCCUGGCGCUCCUGCCAGCAGUGGGUGGGCAGCCUGAGCUCCCUCUGGCUCGCCUGCCAGCCUGGAGUUCUUCCUGUGCUCCUUGAUCACCUGAGCUGCCUCAGAUUCCAUUUGGUCCUCUCCUUCCUGGAAGGCUUCCUUUUAUGUUUUAUUUUAAUCCCAAGUGUCUGAAUGUUUUGCAGUGUCUAGGGGUUUGAGCCCCUUGUUCAUUCUGUCUCCUUUUUCUCCCACUUCCCUCUCCAUGGAGUGAUUAUGUUGACAAUAAUGUAUACUGCGCGUUCUCUUCACUGGUUUAUCUGCAGAAAUUUCUCUGGGCUUUUUUCAGUGUUAGAUUCAACACUGCACUAAAGCGGGGAUGUUCCAUUGAAUAAAAGAGCAGUGUGGUUUUCUGGG